AUGGAUCACAUAGCAGCAGCAGAAGAGCGACUUGUGAACGACAGGUUGAGGCAAAAAUUAAACGAAGUCAAUGCGGCUGCACAAACCCAACUCUCAGCUGUCCAAGACCAUAUCAAUUUCACUCUUCAGCAAGCGUACUUCAAAUGCGCUUACGAGUGCUUUGACAGGAGGAGGAAGUCAGAAGAGAUUGGGAGCUGUGUGGAGCAUUGCAGUGUUCCUGUUCUAAAUGCUCAGAAUCUGGUUGAGAAUGAGAUGGCCAAGUUUCAGGUGAAUUCUGUCUCUUUCUCCUUUUUUUUUUUUUGGAAGGAUUUUCUUACAUGA